AUGCAAUUCUCUACCCUUCUCAUUUCGGCCGCAGCCCUCAUUCCAUCCGCCCUCGGCUGCCUGAACAUUAGCGUGGUUUACACUCUUCAAUACCAGAGCUCCAGCAGCAAUCUCUUCAUUGAAUAUAUAGAUAAUGGAAUAAGAAAUUGCUACUUGAACGAGCAGAGCCCACCUGUCGGCGCCCCAGCAGUUUAUAGUCUCGACCCCCAGGUCAACGGGGUUAGUCUUAACGAUACAUACCAAGGCUGCUUAUUUGGCAUAAAGAGCGAAGUCGAGCUCGAUUUGGUGACCAAGAAGGACAAGAAAGCCCACAAUCAGAUGAUGGCAUACACUUACAUUAAUUUGAACAACGACCCUACCUCGUAUGGGCCUUUUGAACUUGGAGAUAGAACAGUCACUGCUGCCAAGGGGGAUAAGCCAGAGACUUGGGCUUGGACAACUAGCGCUUUCUGUUGA